AUGGUAGGUGUCCUGAGAGGGAGGAAAGGAACGGGUCGUGACACCCGCUACCUGCCAAACCUUGCGGAAUACACUCGCGUUCUGGACCCCCUCACUGGGAAGGAAUUCAACAAGUCCUUCGCCGAGUGGACCGAUGAGCACCAAUACGCUUUUGAGAAGAUUCGCGCGCUCGUUGCCUCCGCUGAAUGUCUGACUGUCAUUGACUACGAGGAUGUGGGCGAUAAUAAGGUGUUUGUCACGACCGAUGCCUCCGACUGGCGCACCGGUGCUGUU